AUGAUUGCUUUACAAGGUGCUACACCAGAGUUGGAAGAGUUAAACUCAUCCAAGCAUUGGAUUUGUAAAGGAAAAAGAAGUAUGUCAAUAGCUGCUACACUGCUUCAGCAAAAUAAAGUUAUAGCAGUUCCAACAGAUACAGUAUAUGGUCUAGCUGCGGCUGCUAUGCAAACUGAUGCUGUCAGAAGAUUAUAUGAAAUUAAAGGACGAGAUGAGAAUAAACCAUUAUGCAUCUCUGUUAGUAAGGUCACACAAGUAAAACAUUGGGGUGUUGUGAAUCAUUUACAUAGGAAUUUAUUAUCAACUAUACUACCUGGACCAUACACGAUUAUUUUGAAAAGGACACCAGCUUUAAAUCCUGAUCUGAAUCCAGGCAUUGACACUGUAGGAAUACGAGUACCAAACUCAAAAUUUAUAAAUUGCGUUUCACAUAUAAUUGGACCAUUAGCUCUAACAAGUGCUAAUGUGAGCAAUGAACCGAGCUGCUUGCGUGCCACUGAAUUCGAAAAAUUGUGGCCUCGGAUAGAUGGAAUAUUCUAUGAUGUAAAACAGGUUGCUAGUGUAAAGGAAACCUUAAGAAAAGGGUCCACAAUAGUUGAUUUGUCUUCUCCGAAUCAUUACAAAAUCGUAAGGACUGGAAUUGGAAUUACAUAUUUAAUUUCGAUUUUACGGAGGUUUAAUCUCACAGAAGAAAAAUCCGAUUAA